CAACUCCAAACCUGCCGACUGCCGCCGUCCGCCGUGCCGUUGUCGUUGUCUGUCUGUCUGUCCGCCUUGGCUGGCCCGGCAAGCGUGUCUGAACUCGCGGCCGCGGCCGAGUUCUUCACUUCAGUUCGGCGAGCGCUGAAAGAUAGAUUGGCCGUGCUCGACCACGGACCGCGUUUCGCCUCGUUGUCACGUCUGUUCGUCCCGUUCCGCGGCCGCGGAGCGACGUUCCUACCUGUGACAGCCAAGUCGACGAGCGUCCUGCCCUUUGCAAAGUGACACAGAUACAUUCUACGAACCAUCCAUCCUGUGUUGUUUGUUGACUGCCAACCCCGUACCCCUCCUAACCUAACAGGUGCCUCCUUGACCCGCCGCGCUAGCCGCGCUUCGCCAUGCCGACUGUGUCCAGCCACGACGUCCUGGGCCCCAUGACCUGGGGCGCGGGCGGCAACUCUCGGCAGCGGUACUUCCCGCAGGACUCGUUGGACCGGAGCGACGCUCGCAGCGGCAUCAACUCGCUCUUGUUCGAGGAGAGCGGCGCCGCCGGCGCGUGCAGUGCCGGGGGCAGCGUCGCGGCGGCGUCUGAGCACGCGUACUCCAGCAACUGCCACAGGAACAGUCUGGUGUCCGCCAACGGCUACUAUGGCUUCCAUCAGCAGCAUGGCACCGGCGCCGCGGUCCUCGACCAGGAUUGCUCAAUGGACACCGACACCAGUGAAAAUAACCCCCCGGUGGCCGCGGUGCCGGCGGUGCCUGGCCCCCCCUGUGCCUUUGGCGGCAGCCCAAGUGCCGGCGCGGUGGGAUUCUGCGGCGGGGCCCAGCAGGCCGCAGCCCCUCAGGCCGCAGCCCCUCAGGCCUUCCCCUUGGGCCUGGCUCCGCAGCGUGUUUGGAAUGCCGACCCGUUCAGGAGCCACGGGCAUGCCUCGGCAGCAACGCGGAAGAGGAGCAUGGAGGCGCGCGGGCUGGGGCUCGCGCAGGGGCAAGGGGCCGGGGGUUGGCGCGACCAGCGCGACGCGGACGCCGACGACAUGGCGGGCUGCGGCGGCAAGCGCACGCGGCCCUCCCUGCCAUCUCCGAGUGAAGAGGCACACGCGGCUGCGAUGACAAUGACAGAUAUUACGGGUGGUGUUGUCAGAAGUGAAAACAUGUGUGGAGGAGAAAUGCAGCUGAGAAUAUUAGAAGAUACUGACCUGGCUGCUUUAGAAACUCUACUUAAGCACACGCAUGGCUGUGAUUAUUACAAUUACGAAACCUGUGAUUUAUAGGUAAGAUUCUUUAAAUUCCCUAAAUUGAAUCGAAAUUUUCUCUCUUAUCUGUACAAGCCGUUCCUGCAGAACUUGAGGCCACAUGCCAUUCACAAUGACAGUCAAAAUUUAUUUUUUGGGCCACUUUUACAUAUUUAACACUUUCAGUGUGAAUUCUUUGCAAUGGAUUGUUUGCUAGGGCAUUUGUCUAUUUUUCUGUGUUGACUUAAAAUGUUGUGCUCGUUUGUUUUGAGAAGAUAACAUAGUAUGAUUGUUUACACAAGCAUUGUUGUAAAAUAAGUAUAGUAAAAUUGUUAUUGGAAGUGUUGAGGUACUUUGUAUGCCUAGUGUGUACUUCUGACAUCACUGUUUGUUCUUUCCUGGUUUAUUUAUAAAUGUAUGUUAUAAGUGUGAAUUGAUACACAUUUUGGGGAAUUUUGUAUGUGUGUGGUGAGUGUUUAUGUCAUGGUAUUGGUAUGGUACUUUUAUCAAAUGAUACUUGCUUUUCUUGGAGGAACAGAUUCACUCAAUAUUCUAGGUGAUUAUUGUUAAGUGAAAGUUCAUAAAACCAAUUCCUAUGUGAUAGUUAAUCUUUGUAAUACUCUUAGAACCUGUUUUGUUACUAUCCUGAUAGUAAAAUGUCUUCCUGUUUUACAUUUGACCAAUUUAUACCAACAUUUGUUUAAGCAUUUAAUGUUGAAUUGAUGUGGUUACGUUCAGCUAUUUAGUUCAGUGUAGUCCUCACUGGCUGUGAGCAUUUAUUGUUUUUGAUGACUAUCAAAAGAAUUUUUCCUCAGUCUGUUGUUUAAAUUAAUUUUCAUUGACAACUGCUUUUCCUGUCAAUUUUCUGCCUUUCUGUAAUUUAUUUUUUGAAAACUUUACAAUGAUAUAGGUAAACUGGAUUGUCUUGUUAUUAUUGUACAUAUAGAUUUAAAAGACCUGUUGUACCUUUUUUGGAAUAUUGGUAGAGGCAGAAAGUCGGGUAGAAUGGAACUUGCAGUUCAUUGAAUCUCUUCUAAACUUCUCAUGGCCUCUGCUUCUGUUCAUAAAUUUACUGUAAUAUAGACAAAACUUGCUUAGUUGUCAUUGAUGUGUAUUUCUGCAGCCUUAAAUUUUACUGACAUGAAGCUGUUUCAUUGUUUUCAUUAGUCGAUUUCUUUGAAUAAAUAGUUGGAAAUGUUGA